CUAACCUUGAUCCUCUAAAAUUCCUCCUCCUCAUCCCUCCGAAACAAAACAAAACAAAAAAAUAUAUAUAUACAAAAAACAAAAAACGAAAGAAAAAAGAGAUCGAAAAAGGAAUGUCUCCUCCCCUCCUCCCCUCCAAUCUCGACCUCUCCAACUCGAAGCCCGACUGGCUCAACACCGGUGACAACGCCUGGCAACUGACCGCCGCGGCCCUGGUUGGCCUCCAAAGCGUACCGGGCCUCAUCGUGCUAUACGGAUGCAUGGUCAAAAAGAAAUGGGCCGUGAACUCGGCCUUCAUGGCCCUAUACGCCUUCGCAGCCGUUCUCAUCUGUUGGGUCCUCUGGGGCCACCAGAUGUCCUUCGGGUCCACCAACAUCCACGUGGUCUCCAGGCCGGGGGUCGCCCUCGGCCAGGAUUUCCUACUGUCGGAGAGCGGCGAGGGGAUGUUUGGUAAUGCGACGUACGUAUUUUUCCAGUUUGUGUUUGCGGCGAUAACGGUGAUACUGUUGGCCGGGUCCGUGCUGGGCAGGAUGAACUUCUACGCGUGGAUGGUGUUCGUGCCGGCGUGGGUGACCGCGUCGUACACCGUGGGGGCGUACGCGAUAUGGGGGGAGGAUGGGUUCUUGAAGAGGCUGUGGGUGCUUGAUUUUGCCGGGGGGUACGUCAUUCAUUUGUCGUCCGGGGUGGCGGGGUUUACCGCGGCGUACUGGGUGGGUCCCAGAAUGGCGCAAGACCGGCAAAAAUUCCCCCCGAACAACAUAAUCCACAUGUUAGGCGGAGCGGGGUUCCUGUGGCUGGGCUGGUCGGGGUUCAACGGCGGCGCUGCUUGCUCAGCCAACCUGACGUCAUCGCUGGCGGUGCUCAACACGCACCUCUGCACGGCGACGAGCUUGUUCGUGUGGCAAUCGUUAGACAUGAUUGUUUAUAAGAAGAGUUCAGUUAUUGGUGCCGUUCAGGGGAUGAUCACUGGUUUGGUUUGCAUUACCCCGGCGGCAGGGAUAGUAGAGCCAUGGGCAGCAAUGCUAAUGGGCCUUGCAUCCGGCUCCAUGCCCUGGUACACGAUGAUGGUCCUCCACAAACGCCUCCCCUUCUUCCAACAAGUCGACGACACCCUCGGCGUCUUCCACACCCACGCCGUAGCAGGAACCAUAGGUGGCCUCCUCGUCGGCCUCCUUGCCCACCCUUCCCUCGUCCGCCUCCUCUACCCCUAUGACUCCCACCACCACCAGCACGGCCUAAUUUACAGUCUUGGCGAUCACCGUGACAGGGGGCUACGCCAGCUCGGCGUGCAGGUUCUUGGGGUGCUUUUUGUGGCUGUAUGGAACGUGAUAGUGACGAGUGUUAUUUGCAUUGGGAUAGGGAGAUUUAUUAGGUUGAGGAUGGAGGAGGAGAAACUGGAGAUUGGGGAUGAUGCUGUUCAUGGAGAGGAGGCGUAUGCGAUAUGGGGGGAUGGAGGGAAUAGUAGUAAGUUUGUUAGGCGAAAUAUGACGCCAAGGCUACCAGCUUUUUUUGAGCGGUAUAAGGGGUAAUUUGUGAUGUGUGAGAAUGUUUUGGAGAGAAUUUUUGGAAUGACUUUUGUGUGCAUUUGCAAAUGUUUUUAUGUGGAUAAGUGAUAUUUGUUGGUAUGUUAACAAUAAUUUUAUGUGAAUGAGCAAUGUGGGUUGUUGUGUUGUA